AUGCUCUCGAGGACAGUCACCAGGAGGCUCGCCUCCUCACUGAGGAACACCGUUGCUCGCCAACAGCCACAACUGAGAAACCAGACACAACGGAGAUGGGCGACUGCGGCGCCGAAGCCGGGCUCAGGGCCGUUAAUGGAGCGCCGAGCUGACCGAGAACUUCCGGACAUCAACCAAAUCACCUUCCGCUGGUACCGCUCUCUCCCCAUCUUUGCGGCCGCCAUCGUCAUCUCGAGCGUCGCAAUCUUCAACUACCAAAAAUCAUCGUCGCCCGUCAUUGCCUCGACGAUGUACGCCCUACGUACCUCACCCAAGGCCCGCGAGGUGCUGGGAGACGAGGUUUACUUCAAACACCAGAUCCCUUGGAUCUCGGGAGAGAUGAACCAGCUGCACGGCCGCAUUGACGUUAGCUUCAGUGUCAAGGGCACCAAGGGCGAGGCGGUGAUGAAGUUCACGAGCUUCCGAACCUCGCACAAGGGACUGUUCGAGACCACCGAGUGGAGCUUGGAGACGCCCGACGGCCGCAAGAUCGACCUGCUCGAUGGCGCGGAUCCCUUCCGUGGCAUUGUGGGUGGUGGCGCUGAUGACUUCGACGAUGACUUUGAUGAGCAGCCUGCGUCGGCGGCUACGAGAGGUUUCAGACAGACGAGCUUUAAAUAA